UGUAAUCUUUGAAACAAAAACUAGAACUAAGUCAAAUCGUUUUCGAGUCCACACUCCAAAAUACCUAUAUUAUGAGUAGUAUUGUGGAUGAAUCAGAAAGUGUAGGUUCUGCUGGACAACCCCAAGGAAUGGCAGAAUAUACCGAUCAGCUGAGAAGCUGGUUAGGUGAAGCUUAUCAAUGGCAGGCAUUGCAAUGCCUUCCAUAUUUAAUGCCUUCGCUAUUUAUUCAAAGUCGGUAUCGACCAUUACCUAGCCCAGAAGUUUCAGCUCCACCAGAACCACAGGUACAAAACCACCAACAGAGACAACAGUCUAAUGUCCCAGGUUCCAUCCCAGCAGAAGCACAAAUUGAAGGAAGAGUUUUUGAAGUUCCUAAGCUUUCCAAACGAUUGUUGGCUGAAGUUAUUGAUUUUGGUUUGCUGUUUUUCAUCAAAGCAUUUUUGACAUUAACUGUCCUAGAUGCUUGGAACAUGGAAGAUUCAAAUUUUUUUCAAACGGACACUGACCUAACAGAAGAAACUGAUUAUGAAAUGGCUAUGGCAAUCACAGCAAAUUUAUUGACUAUUGAAUUGAUCCAUCGUUUGCUAGUAGUUUUUUAUGAGGUUUGCUUCACCCUGCAAGGUGGCACCCCAGGAAAACGAACAAUGGGCAUAAGUAUAAUCUCCUGCACCAAGUGUGUCCCUGUUGGCGAAAGUCGAGUACUUGUGCAACCUGCGACAGGCGUCACGUUUUGGAGAUCUCUUGGUCGAGCAUUCCUAAAGAAUAUGGGGACAGCUAUUCUGUUUCCAACUUUCCUCCCACUGAUGGUUGUGCAACACAAUCGCACGCUUUAUGAUAUUCUUUGUGGUACGAUCGUUGUUGAAACUGAAUGACCUGAACUUUGCAUGAAUUUAAGUCCGAGAUUGUUCAUCUUUGCUUAACACUGGACAUUGGCAAUUUCAUGUUCACAUUUCAUCACUGACAUUUUUGUUUGAGCUAAGUAUUUCAGUGUCGACCAAAUGUUUCCUGUGUUUUCUAUUCUGAAGAUUUACUGAACGUUUAAAAUUUACCAUUAAUAUGGGAUUCCUGUGAAUCGUUAUUCGUUAUACAUUAAACAACUUCAAUCAUUUUGAUUCAGUAAUAGUAGGUGGUGUUAGUAGCGUACUCCGUUAAUUAUUUAAUGGAUGUGGGACGUUGGCACAGUUUAGAACUACGUACAGUAGAAAAACAAAAAUGUUAUUUUCAUACCACUUUGGCAACUAACGUUUCCUUAACCACUAAUAAUCCGGGUUUACGUUUUAGUUAGUUUUAUAUGGUCUAUUUUUUGACGGCCGACGAAUUUUUUCUCCAUUGUACAAUCAUUGAAAAGUCGUGGCGAUCAGGUAAUAUCUAUUUCUUGUCGCCUUGAGUGCAUUCCAGUAUAUGUUGCUUGAAUUUAUGGUUUUGAUCUUCAAAGAAAUCAAUGUACGUAUACUUUUCCUUGGUAUUUUUUAAUUGACCGUAUAUCCUUGGAUUUAUCUUUGUGAUUGGGGAUAGGUAUGGUACACUAGUAUUUUGACCUCAAA